AUGAAUUCGGUGCCGAUACCUCUGAACAAGGCUUCCAUGCGGAAAUAUGAAGACUUGGAGGUGCCAUGUGACAGCAUUCUCGCCAACUUCGUGUGGGUGGAUGGGUCAGGGAUCUGCUUGCGAUCCAAAGAUAGGACCUUGGACUUCGUCCCCAAGUCCCAUAAAGAUCUACCAGUGUGGUAUUUCGACGGGUACAACACGGACCAGGCGAGUGCGGACAACUCUGACACCUUCCUGUUCCCGGAGGUGCUGUACCACUGCCCCUUCCGACGAGGAAACCACCUGCUCGUCCUCGCUGAUACGUACCAGUACAACUAUCAACCUACGUCUACUAACUACCGCAAGGAAUGUGUCAUGCAAUGCGAAAAAGCAGAAGUGGAGGAGCCGUGGUUUGGCUUCAACCAGGAGUUUAUGCUGCUGAAUACGGAUGGUCGUCCAUUGGGGUGGCCACCAGGCGGCUUCCCAGCCCCUCCCGGCCCCUACUACUGCGCUAUCGGGGCUAACAAGAUCGUUGCCAGAGACCUCAUGGAGGCUUUCUACAGAUGUUGCCUCUACGCGGGGGUGAAGAUGAAUGGAAUUAAUUCUGGCACUACGCCCUCGCAGUGGAACUUCCAGAUUGGCCCGUGUCCUGGAAUAAGGGCAGCGGAUGAUCUGUGGCUAGCGCGAUACAUCUUAGCGAGGUUGGCAGAGGAGUACGGAGCCAUUGUCACCUUCGAGCCGCAGCCAGUUCCCGACUGGCCUGGCAACGGCACCUUCCUCUACUUCUCCUCUAAAGACAUGAGAGAAGACGACGGUAUCUUAGUGAUCGAGCGGAUGAUUGAUAAGCUGGCGCGGCGUCACGGCGCCCACAUCAACGAGUACGACGCAAACGACGGCGCAGACAACGCCAAGCGGCUCACCGGCAAAAAUGGAAUGCCACACAUUAAGGACUUUACUGCAGGAGUGGCGAACAGAUGUUGUGCUGUGAGGAUUCCCCGCCAGGUGUCUGAGGACAAGCGAGGAUACCUUGAGGACCGGCGGCCAGCUGCCAACGCCGACCCUUACCGCGUCAUUUCCAUCAUGCUCAAAACCUGCAUCUUUGAUGAAUAA